AAAAAAUGCUCUGCAGGUUCCAAACCCUUCUUCAAAAAUUUCCACCAUCUUAUUAUAUAGACAUGAAAUUUAAAUGCUUACAGAAAGCAAUGCAAAGAAAAGUACUCAAUGUUGUGGCCCAUCCAUCAUAUCAAUCAAAUCCCACUCUCUCUCUCUCUCUCUCCAUUUUCUUCUUCUCCAAACCAACUUUUCCAUGCUUGUUACUGAAUGCUCAAGGUUUAUUCCCCUUCUCUCACUUCAAAAACCACCCUAAAAAACCACCCACCCUUCCAUGAAACCAGCCCCAAUUGUCCCAAGUCAUGCAAAAGGCCUCUCUGCCUGCACUUCGUCCCUCAUUUCAGCCUACAUCAACAUGAGAGCAACCAAUUGGUGAGAGAGAAAACAGUGAGUUGUUUUCUCAACCAAAAGCUUUUCAAAACCACGAAAAUCACCCCAAAAACCACCAUGUUAUGACAGUAGAGAGCCACCAAUCCCUUGCUUCACUUGUUUCCACAUCAAUCUCUCUCUAAGACCUCCAAACCAUGAAAGGAACACUUCCCAAUGCCUGGUUUUCACCAUUUCCAAGCCCCCCUCAAGUACUAACAGUGAUGAUUCUACUAUUGGUAAUGGUAUCAAACAAUGCUGCUAUUUCUACACAUGGGUACCAACCCAUAAGCAUGAUGAGCCCUUCAGAAUAUGAGACUCUGUUCAGGAUCAUGGAAUCCAUGUCCUCUGAUGAGCAAUGGAGGCUCUCUUACCCAAACCCAUGUGGCCAGGGCUCCUCCUCAUGGCCUGGUCUUGAGUGCAAACCAGGCCAUGACAAUCUCUACCAUGUUUCAAGGCUUGAUUUUGGUACAAAGCCAAACCCAACCUGCAAAAAAGACGCAACUUUUCCAUCUGAUAUCUUCUCUCUACCUUACCUUCAAUCUGCUUUCUUCUUCAACUGUUUCACUCACACCAAGACCACCAUCUCAAUACCACCAAACCCAAAAGUCUCUCUCUCUCUUCAACAGUUCAGCCUGAGAGCAAACCAUGCACUCACUGGACAGAUACCAUCUACCAUCUCUCUCCUCAAGUCCCUUCAAAUCCUCACUCUUUCUCAAAACAGCCUCUAUGGCCAGAUACCACCCCAAAUCUUUAGCUUAACGUCUCUCUUGCACCUUGAUUUGAGCUACAAUUCUUUGAAUGGAAGGAUCCCAUCUCAGAUUGGGAGCUUAAAAGUUUUGUUAGGCCUUGAUCUCAGCUAUAAUUCACUAUCAGGUAAUGUGCCGCAAACAAUUGGAGAACUGGGUCUCCUUCAAAAGCUCGAUCUGAGCUCAAAUUUGCUCACAGGUGGGAUUCCUCAGACAAUGGGUAGGCUCAAGAACCUGGUUUUCAUGGCCCUCAGUAACAACAAGAUGAGAGAGAAUUUCCCAAAUAAUAUAGGGGAGUUGCAGAGCCUACAAUACUUCAUAAUGGAUGAUAAUCCAAUGUCUUUGCCUCUGCCCAAGGAGUUUGGGAAGCUGUUCAGGCUUCAGGAGCUCAGGCUUGCAAAUUCAGGCUAUACAGGGACUAUCCCAGACACUUUCGCAGAGCUUCGGAACCUCAGCAGCCUCUCUCUAGAAAACAACAGGUUAACAGGGACUAUACCACCAGGUUUGGGCUUACUCCCUCAUAUUUAUCACUUGAACUUGAGCAAAAAUAUGUUGGCUGGUGUCCUUCCUUUCGACGGUGGUUUCUUGAGGAGAUUAGGAAGAAAUUUGGAUUUGAGUGGAAAUGUGGCGCUCUGUGUUAAUGGUUCAGAGGUCUUAGAAGGAGUCAGAGUUGGAGUUGGGGCUUGUGGAAAUGGAAAGAAUGUGGCUCUUAGAAAUGGGUCUCUGGUUUUGCCAUUGAAGAGGUCUCAAUCUCCUCCUCUACAAUCAAUCGGUUUCUCAAGAUUCUUCAGCAACUGGGUUCUUUUAGCUCUUGUUUGGGAAGUGUUUAUGUGGAAGAUUUAGGCCUGUUUACUUCUUUUAAUGUAUAUUUAUGGCUAGUAUUCUUUGGCUUUUGUGCCUGCAAGCUAGUUUUGAGCCCAACAUGUUGUUCUUGUGUAGCUAUUCAGCUAGAAUGGAGAAUUUAAUCUGCAGUGGACUCUCUCUCUCUCUCUCUCUUAUUUGGGGUUUUAACUCUUUGAAGGAUAUUGCUUAGAGUUAGGCAUGGUGUGUGCAGAGAGCACAGAUAGAGAGCAUAUUUGUAGUCAGUGUGCUUGUUGCAAUUGAAUUUGGAAAUAUAGAAAAUUUGAGAUUAGAACA